AUGGACAAGGUACCGAUAGAGGAUCGCGAUGGUACUUUGAAGGCUUACGAGGAUCGAGAGGCAACCCAGUGUAUCGUUCGCUCUGUUCCAAUUAUGGAAACCUCUCCGGAUUGUAAUUGGUCAUCCCAAUAUCAUUAUUAUUCCGACGUAUUUCAAAGCCCUCUAGAGUCAGAGACCACAUGGUAUCCCGACAAGGUGAUUCUCGAGAUGGGCAUGUUCCCGCACAUUUCCACGCCAGAGGCGGAAAGCUUUGUGGUUGGCAGGGAACGCAUCAAGAUGAACGUGAUGAGAUCGAAGGGGUGGGACCAAACAAGAAAACGAUGA